AUGCUCCUCCGUCUGCUACCUCAGCCCACUUCGGAAAACCCUUCACCUCUUACUAUCCUAUUCACCUUACCCCUACCCAGCCACCCAUAUAUAUCUCGUUCACUGCCUCUCCCACCUGCACUUCUCGCUCACAGAGCAUUGUGCCUUCAGGAGGAUAUUGAUUGCCCCAAUGUCCUCUUAGGGGAGAAAUCGAGCUGGAUAUGCGGUAUCAUUGACGAUGUUACUUUCUCCUUACCUUCAUCGUCAAUCACCGUCAACUUCAUCGACGGCUCAUCUUUCACAUUGCCCAUCUCGGUAUCGUGUUCGGCGCAGUUACAUCGGGUAGUCGAAGAAGUUCAACUUUCUUUUACUGCUCCUACCACUGUUCCCAACUCCCCUCGGUCGAGCAUAUCAAGUAUCACAUCAACCUCAUCAGCCUCAUCAUCCUCUGCUGCAAGUCCAUCUACUCCUCGUCGAACCCCCUCUUCACUCCUUCUCUCCCUUCUAUCACCAUUGCUCCCUAGCUCCUCAACAUGCUCUCCUCCUCGACCUUCUCUCGCUGCUCCUCCCUGUGCCCCCGCUCGAGUACACCGACGAGCAGCACGAUCAUUACUCGUCGACACCUACAGACGAUACGUUCUUCCUUUACUCAAGGAACAGUUACCAUGCUCCUACUUCCCUUGGGCAGUCGCUUCGGAAACUUUCAGACAGAUGGAGGAGUUUUCAAAAGUCCAAUCUGAGAUCAACCGAAUAAUCGAUGGCUGCGGUAUCAACCGUGACAUCUUGGAGAGGAGGACGGCCAACUCUAGUGUAUCCAGAAUCCGAUCUUCCUCUUCGUCAUCAUUGCAAUCCAUGUCCGAUGACGAAUCGGAUUCCGACUCCACUCCUUCACCUAUCACACCAUCCACAUCUGUCUUCUCAACAUGCGCUUCUUCUCCCUCAUCAACCUCGUCUAAGAAUUUGGCAGUAUCACCUCGAGAAUUCUUACUUUCCAUUCCACCCGCUCAUGCUUUACCUGCCAAGGAUCAAAUGGCCUAUAGCUCCCAGCUCGCUCGACUUACCCAGAUCGCCUCGAGGAUAAGCCAAAUCAAAAAGCUCAGCAUGCGCUACGAGAGGGAAGAAGGUAAACGAAGAUGGUUGGAGGGUCUAGAGAGAGGUAGAUUAUCUGAUAAAUCCUUACGAACAGCUUUCUCCUUAGGUGAAUAUCCCAAAACGCCAACUGCUCCCUCAUGCUUUACGUCUGAAGUCAACAGAUCAUCGAGAUUACGACAAUCAUACACUGUCGAAGAUCUAGAGAGGGAAUUGAAUGAGGAAAGUCAACUUCGACAUCCUGCAAUGAUGGAUAUCUCCGAUUCGGAAGAAGACGAAGAAGAAGAAGGUCCAAUCACUCAUCCUAAAUCAAGAUCCAGUUUAUCUAUCGAUCGACCUUUGUUAUCUGCCGUGACUACUUCGAUCCAUAUUGAUGUGGAUGGUCUGAGAGGAACAUUACCUAUUCAAAGGCCCACAUUGGAACGUAAACUCGCAUUGAUCACUCCUACCCCUAGUUUAUACUCUGAUGAAGAUGAAGAGGAAGAAGAGGAAGACGUGAUCUCUACACCUAUAUCUUUAUCUCCUCCUAGCAUUGCCAAGAAAUUGGGUAAUUUGGAUAUCCUCCCUAUCCCUAUCCCCAUUCCUGGGGUAGGUGUUGUGAGUAAGAAAUUUUUGUCUCCUGAGAUGGGUUAUGAGGGACAAGAUGAGUUGGAAGAAGGUAGUGAAGGCUGGAGAGUAUAUGCGUAA